UUUCUAAAUGGUGCAAAACUAACAUUUUGGUUUUUAAUUUUCAACUAUCAACAUCCCACGUGGCGCUCGACUAUCGAAAGUUACCCCACGCCAGCUCCAGCGCAAGUUGCGCCAGCGAUUUCGAAACGAACGAAGAAAGGGUAAUCUCGUAAUUUCACAAACUGUAAGCUGUGAACUUGAAGAACAACCCCAACAUUCCUCAACUAACUACACUCAGCUAAUCCUCGCCUCUUUUGAAAAGAAAAGAAAAGAAAAUUAAAACACCGACACGUCUGGAUAAAAAUACCGACACACUCUCUCUCUCUCUCUCUCUCUCUCUCUCUCUCUCCCCAGCAGAAAUCUAGGGUUUGAAGAAGUGGACGAGAGCUUCUCUCCUUUAUCAGAUCCGUCUCUCCAUUUCACGGCAAAUGCUCCUGAAUCGACAGAAGUUUCUAGCUCUCUGAGAUCUCCUCUUCUCGAACGCAAAUGGUGACGAUCUCCGGACCUCUUACGCCCGGCCAGGUGUCAUUUUUCCUUGGAAUCAGCCCAAUAUUUAUAGCAUGGAUAUAUUCCGAGUUUUUGGAAUACAGGAAAAACUCAAUUUCAUCCAAAGUACCUGCAUCACAAUGCACUGGAGUGUUGCUAGCUCAGAUGCAUGUAUCAGGAAGUGGCUGUUGGUAUCUUUGGCUACCACAGUAGCUCAAUGGGUGCUGAAGCUUUCUGAUAUCAAUCUGGUCGAGUUGGGAAAGGAGACAGUUAAGGAAGAUGAUAGAGCUGUUUUAUUGGAGGGAGGGAUCAAACCUGCUUCUCCUAAAGUUCACAACUCAUCUGUAACGUCACAGCUUGUCAGAUUCUUUCUGAUGGAUGAGUCAUUCUUGGUUGAGAAUCGACUGAUAUUGAGAGCAAUAUGUGAAUUUGGAGCUCUUUUGAGCUACUUCUACUUGUGUGAUCGUACAACUCUCUUUGGGGAGGCAAAAAAGAGUUACAAUCGGGAUCUGUUCCUGUUUCUCUACUUUCUUCUCAUCAUAGUUUCGGCUAUAACUUCGUUCAAGAUUCACCAUGAUAAGUCGCCAUUCUCCGGCAAAUCCAUACUUUAUCUGAAUAGGCAUCAGACUGAGGAAUGGAAAGGGUGGAUGCAGGUAUUGUUCUUGAUGUACCACUACUUUGCUGCGUCAGAGAUUUAUAAUGCAAUCCGCAUGUUUAUCGCUGCCUAUGUAUGGAUGACUGGAUUUGGAAACUUUUCCUAUUAUUAUGUCCGGAAGGAUUUCAGCCUUGCACGGUUUGCUCAAAUGAUGUGGCGGCUUAAUUUCUUUGUGGCAUUUUGCUGCAUAGUCCUUAAUAACAACUACAUGCUAUACUACAUCUGCCCCAUGCACACCCUUUUCACUCUUAUGGUUUAUGGUGCCCUUGGGAUUCUAAAUAAAUACAAUGAGAUUGGAUCUGUCAUUGCUGCGAAAAUCAUUGCCUGUUUUUUGGUGGUUAUUCUGGUUUGGGAAGUUCCUGGUGUAUUUGAGUUGAUAUGGAGGCCAUUCACAUUCCUUCUUGGUUACAGUGACCCAGAUCCUUCAAAACUAAAGCAUCCCCUCUUGCUUGAGUGGCAUUUCCGCUCGGGACUUGAUCGCUACAUAUGGAUUAUUGGCAUGAUAUAUGCUUACUAUCACCCAACUGUUGAGAGGUGGAUGGAAAAAUUGGAGGAAACUGAAGCAAAGAUUAGAAUAUCCAUUAAAACAACUAUUGUGACAAUUUCAUUAGUGAUGGGAUAUUUGUGGUUCGAGUAUAUAUACAAGUUGGACAAGAUCACUUAUAACAAAUUCCAUCCUUAUACAUCAUGGAUCCCGAUAACUGUCUAUAUUUGCCUGAGAAAUUUCACUCAGCAGUUCCGCAACUUCUCUUUGACUCUUUUCGCAUGGCUCGGAAAGAUAACGCUGGAGACCUAUAUCUCACAGAUUCACAUCUGGCUAAGGUCAGGCAUUCCUGAUGGACAGCCCCGAUGGUUACUGUCACUUAUCCCCAACUAUCCAAUGCUAAACUUCAUGCUCACCACGUCGAUAUACAUUGCGAUUUCUUACCGAAUCUUUGAACUGACAAACACAUUGAAAACGGUGUUUGUGCCAAGUAAAGACAACCAGCGCCUUAUGCAUAACAUGAUGGCGGCGGCAGCUAUUUCGAUCAUGUUAUACUCCUUGGCGUUUGUUUUCCUCCAAAUUCCACGGAUGCUGGUGUAAGGGAAAAAAUAAAAGAGUUUGGCGGAGUUGUAUGUGUCUAUGAGCAGAAUUGUCCUUUUUCUCCUUUCUAAAGAGAAAAGGAUUGUGUUAUAGAGACUGCCUGCUAACAUCUGCAAACCAAUCUGAGAAACAGGCAUGAGAAUCCCAGGGUUGAAGAAUCGAGGUAGCCAAAAUUCAAUGAGCUUACUCUUUCAACGGGUCGUACUCAUGGAUGCACCUGCAAUAGAAGACCUACGGUGAUGGGAAGUAUACAUGCAUACAAGAUGAUGCACUGUUAGCCAUAGCCACUGCAGUAAAGAUAAUUUUAGAUAUUGUCAGCCAUAUUAUUCCAUGGUUAUCUGAUGUAUAUAAAAUGGUGGUGCAUUAAAUUCGGGUAUCUGUUUUUGAGGUAGUGUAUAUUUUAUUUAUGAUGAUUUCCCACA